UCCUAUCAAAGCUCGGAUUGAUUUAUUGUUCUGCUAGUCAAAAGAAAUUAUGCAAGUGGAACACUACGAGGGGUGAGAAUAUAACACUCUUCUUUGUCUGUGAUUCUGACGAGGGUAAUGCAAAACCAACGUUGAGGAAGCAGGUGUAAACCCGGCGAGAGAGCGAAAGAAUGAACCCACCGUCAGCUGAGAGGCAAACCAAGCAACCAACGAAGACGACCAAGGGGACACGAACGAUGUAAAACGAGGGGAGGAUCAUUUCAAAACAGUCAGCAGGAUAGAUAGUUGAAGUACCGAGAGCAUGAGAAGAGAUGGAAAAUUAGGGUUUAGUUGGCGUAUUUCUCUAGGACACUUCAGUCGUUGAAAGUUUGUAGAGUCAUUCGGAAUGGUGGUCCGAACAGAAAUAAACCCCACUUUGUGGGAUAUCUUGGUGCUCUUGACUAUUGGCUUUCUGCAAAUUUUGAUGGUAGAUAGUGGGCCUCCAAUCCCAGCUGACUUACCUAAGACAAGAGGGAACCAUUUGGCCCGAGAUCAAGGCGUUGGGUACCUUAAAAGGACUUUUCCUGCCCAAGGGCGGAACGCGGCACCCUCAAGUCUCUAUGGAGAGGAGAUUGAGUACACCAUAGGAGUGUUUGGGACCGAGUACGAACUGAGGUUUCAGCAAAACAAGAAACUCCUACCUCCCCAGGGAUUUAGGAUGCAAUGGAGAAACUCCUCUGGCGUAACAUACACCGAACUGGGAGAGGCCAUCACCAGGUGUCACUAUAUUCAUAAAGACGCUCAAAGUGUGGCCGCAUUAAGCGAUUGCGGGCUGGGACAAAUUCGAGGCUUCGUGUCGACUCCGAACGAAACCUUUGAAAUCACACCCCUCACCAACGAGCUCGAGGCGCUCUUCCUCCGCGAUCCCAGUUUAUUGGGCUUUGAUGAUGACUUGGCCAAUUCGAUAGUGAUCGAGGAUCUGUAUUUGGUGAAACGAGCCAAACUUCCCGCCUUGGAAGACGAUGACGAGAUUCUGUUCUGGGAAAACGAAGUGGAAAAUGGCUUCUCCACCUACAAGCUAAAGCGGAUGGGAACCCAAAGGGAACGUGUGGAAAUUGAUCAUGAUUUAUACACCGAGGUCACACCAAAGACAGUCGAACUGGGUGUAUUUGUGGAUGCGGUUGCUUACAACAACCUCAAGGUACUGCAAACCUCUGACGAGAUGACUCACGUCAUUCUCGCCUCCAUCAACCAAGUGGAUGCGAUCUACCAUUUGGCCAGUUUAAAACAAAGCGUGGAUUUUGCCAUCAAAGUGCUGGAGGUCCAAACUGAAGCCCCACAGGAGUUGCAGGGCGCGUCAGGUGAACGAUUAGAGCUCCUGGAUGCCUUUUGCCAAUACAACACGCAACGUAACGACCUCGUCAAUGGAUCACCCGCACAUUGGGACUUGGGUGUUCUGCUCACUGGCUUCGAUCUGUUCCAUGUCCAGUAUGGCUACGAAGAAUAUGACACGCUCGGACUGACCAGGACUGGCGCUUUAUGCCAUCAAAACUAUUCUUGCCUCAUCACCGAGUUUGGUGUGGCUCCUCGAGAGGAUGCAGGUCAUGACGAUGAUAGCCCUCCAGAGCCCACUGCAGGAUUUGGAGCCGUGUACGUGUUGGCCCACGAGAUAGGACAUACCCUGGGCAUGUCACACGAUGGUUCUCGAAACUCAUGCCCAAGCAAUGGUUUCAUAAUGAGCUCCUCGCGAGGGAAUGACGGAGGCGAAACGAGUUGGUCGAAUUGCUCGGCAUUGAGCCUUGUCAAAUCCAAGGCCACCUACUGUUUGAACAACAGCCCCAAUCUAAAUGAUGAAGCUGCUUUUCGCUUCGACUCUGACGUGGAUCCUGGUGAGAUUUACGACGCAGACUUCCAAUGUCAAAUGUAUUUACGUGAUGGGACAGCUAUGGCCAUAAAGGAUGACAAGGACAUGUGUUCCAACCUGAAAUGCGAGCGAGGAGUCGAUCCAACAAACUCGAACAAGCCUUCACGCUCUUAUCCAUCAGGACCUGCCCUGGAUGGCACAAGUUGUGGAACUCGAGGAAUGUGUAAGACCGGAAAAUGCCUGGAAGCCACCAGUUACUCAACGCUAGUGUCCCCUUGGCUUACUGGCUUGUGUACUUCGGGAUGUAUUCGAAGGUCAAUGGGCGUGAAGAGCAUGACCCGUCGGUGCCACAAUCAAAACCACACAAGUGAGUGUGAAGAUAGAGUGUCUUUGAUGUGCCCGGACGACGAUGUUUGUUCCGACGAGGAACCGAGAAUGUCAAGAGAGCGCUUCGCCGUGAAGAAAUGCAAAAAGCUGGCAUUGGAUCCGGCUAUUUAUCCCAGUGUGAGCUCUCUGAAAAUACCUCCAAAUGUUAGAGGAAUGCCAGCUAUAUAUUCGUCUGAUAAUCUCCGACAAGCUUGUCUCAUAUUUUGUAAGUUCGAGGGGCCUACUUCCGUCGGGUUGAGCUAUAACCUUCGGAAAUGGAACACUCCGAUGGAAUCCCUUCAAAGCGUGGGACGCGAAGCAGAUGCUUUUUACCCAGAUGGAACCUGGUGCCACAGGCUCAAUGGAACAGACUUUUAUUGUGUCAAUCAUGAAUGCAUCUCACUGACGACUGUCACUGAUGAGUCGUCCAGAGUCUUGACGUCAGAUAAACUCAUUUGAAAACAUUUUGUUGUGUUCUUGCUUUUUGCCAUUGAUUCCUCUAAUAAAUUACAUACCGUAGA